UAAAAGCCAGGUAGCGCGAGACCAAGUAGGAUAAUCGUAAAGGCGCCAAGUUACAGGCUGCGGCCCACUCACGGGUGUCCUUUCUUCGCCGAAAGAGAGCUGAGGGAAGAAAGGCGCUUCGUACCGUGGCUGUGAAACGCGCGCGCCAAGAAAUGGCGAUUUGAAAAUCAUUAGAAUGUAAUACAGCGCGUGUAAAAUGCCACGUCCACCGUCGAGGGUGGGGCAGUUGCGAUCGCGGGAAAAAUAGUUUUGUUACAAAAGAAAUUGCACGGUUUGUUCGUACUAGUAGUUUCCUUCUACAUGAAAACUCAAAUGAAUCUCACUUGUGACGUCAUAACUCGGUUGAAUGCAUGUUCCUUUUGAUUCCUGAGAAGUGAGAUUCAACCGGAUUUAACUGAGUUUUUGCGCACGAUCGAGACCGCGUGCUUUAGUGAGUUUAAUAGACUCACAUUAAUGACGUCAUAUUCGAGUAUAAAAUACUCAUAUAACUGAGUGACUCAAUAUCACUUGAGUGUAAAAGGAAAGCAGCUAUUGAUAGCGUGGCCGUAAAGAAUUUGGAGAAACACGCGCCGAUCCGACUCGAAAAUGUGCCGUAUGUGUUACCUUCUGAGUCGCUCGCAUCACGUUGCACGUUUAGUUACUCCGCCGACGGUAGAUGGCGUUCGUAUGCCGUUUGAGAAGGAAGCGCCGCGAAGUUGGCCGCGCAGCUCCAAGAAUCGAAAUCGCGCCAUGUGGCCGUACACAGUUAUACGCAUAAUACAGUCAAAUACAACGAGGCGUUAAAAAUGUCUCGCUUCUCUAAACGUUACCCCCUUGAUCUGUUACUACGUAUCAGCUAUUAUUGCGUGUUCGGAAAUGUCGCUGCCGCUGACGACGAUACCAACCGCGGCUUUGGACACAUGUACAAAUGGAGGAAUCUGCAACAGGGAUUCCAAGAGGCGAAAAUUUACAGGAAGCCGAUAUUUCUGCUGAUCCACAAGCCGGGCUGUCCGUCGUGCGAGAAAUUGAAGCCUAAAUUUACCAACUCGAUCAGAAUCCACGAUCUCAGCCAGCGCUUCGUUAUGGUGGGUGUGAGGAAAGAUGAGAUUCCCGCGCAAGACGAAGCCAGAUUUCAACCAGACGGUACCUACGUUCCAAGGAUCCUCUUCUUCACGCCGGACGGCGAGUUUAUGGAAGAUAUUUACAAUCGUCAUCCGAAAGCCGAUGAGAAAUACAAAUAUUUCUACAGCAGCACGAGUCAAAUAAUAGACAGCAUGAUUUUCGCGCUGGAACGUUGUUCCGAGGAAUCGUUAAACGACAAAACGAAAAGAAAGUGAUACAUUUGUCAAUGUGAAAAUCCGACGUUGCCUAACUGUUACAAUGACGGUUGUGGUAUCUGAAAUAAAUUUAUCUUGCCGUUCAAUGGAAA